AUGGCUGUUACUACUGGGUUUCAGAACAGCGAGAAAGAAUCGUUGCAAGAGGUUACUAAGAGAAAGAACGAAAAUGAUUCUAUCAAUGAAUUGAUUAACGAGAAAGAGGAUUUGUCUAAGGCUAAAUCUGCCAAUGCUGAUGAGGAUUCCGCGUGCAAGGGUCCUUUAUAUCGUUUGGAGGCUAUUUUGAUGCCAAUUAUAUUUACAGCCGUUGCAUUCUUUACUAGAAUGUAUAAAAUUGGUGCUAACAAUCAUGUUGUUUGGGAUGAAGCUCAUUUUGGUAAGUUUGGUUCUUUCUAUUUGAGACACGAGUUUUAUCAUGAUGUUCAUCCACCUUUGGGUAAGAUGUUGGUUGGUCUUUCUGGUUAUAUCGCUGGCUACAAUGGUUCUUGGGAUUUUCCAUCUGGCCACGAAUAUCCUGAUUAUAUUGAUUUCGUUAAAAUGAGACUAUUCAAUGCUACUUUCUCUGCAUUGUGUGUUCCAUUGGCUUACUACACUGCCAAGGCUUUGAAACUAUCUUUGCCUUCCGUAUGGUUAUUCACUGUUUUGGUUCUUUUUGAAAAUUCUUAUUCUACCUUGGGUAGAAUGAUCUUAUUAGAUUCGAUGUUGCUGUUUUUCACUGUUGCUUCUUUCUUUUGUUUCAUCAAGUUCCAUAAUCAAAGGAAUAAACCUUUCAGUUGCGGAUGGUGGAGCUGGAUGUUUUUUACAGGUUUAAGUUUGGGUUGUACAAUUUCUGUCAAGAUGGUCGGUCUAUUCAUUAUCACUUUAGUCGGUAUUUACACUGUUGUAGAUCUAUGGAUCUUCUUGGGUGAUAAAAAGAUGUCAUGGAAAACUUACUCAGGCCAUUGGUUAGCAAGAAUUAUCUGUUUGAUUAUGGUACCAAUUGCUGUCUUCAUGAUCUGUUUUAAGAUCCAUUUCUCUUUAUUAACCCAUUCUGGUAAAAAUGAUGCUGUUAUGCCUUCAUUAUUUCAAGCCAAUUUAAUUGGUAAUACAUUAGGUCAAGGUCCUCGUGAUGUUGCUUUAGGUUCAUCCACUGUUUCCAUCAGAAAUCAAGCUUUGGGAGGUGCUUUAUUACAUUCUCACGUCCAAGGUUAUCCUGCAGGCUCUAAGCAACAACAAGUCACUGGUUAUGGCCACCAAGACGCUAACAACGAUUGGAUUUUCCAUAGGAUUAGACAAUUGCCAUUGUACAAUGCAAACGAAACUGAUAUUGAAUACAUUUUAGAUGGCGAAACUUAUAGACUUGUCCACAAGAAUACCAAUAAGAAUUUACAUUCUCACCAGGUUGCCGCUCCAGUUUCUUCAACUCAAUGGGAAGUUUCUGGAUAUGGUGACCACAAUACCGGUGACAACAAAGAUAAUUGGAUUGUUGAAGUCGUCGACCAAAAAGGUAGCGAAGACAAAUCAAAGCUUCAUCCUUUGACCACAUCAUUCCGUUUGAAGCACGCCGUUUUGGGUUGUUAUUUGGCCCAAUCCAGUAACAGACUACCAGAAUGGGGUUUUUCUCAAAGUGAAGUUAUUUGUUUGAAGAAUCCUUUCAAGCGUGACAAGAGAACUUGGUGGAAUAUUGAGCUUCACGUAAAUGAAAAAUUACCAACUAUUGGUGAAGAUUACAAAUUUCCAGGUAAUGGAUUUUUGAAGGACUUUGUUUAUUUGAAUCUAGCUAUGAUGUCUACCAAUAAUGCCUUGGUCACAGAUCCAGACAAAUUAGAUAGAUUGGCCUCCUCUGCUUGGCAAUGGCCUACAUUAAACACUGGUUUAAGAUUAAACGGUUGGCACGAUGAUAAUGUUAAAUACUAUCUAAUGGGUACACCAGCCUCGACUUGGGCUUCCACUGCAGCUGUACUAGGAUUUAUGGUUUUGGUAAUUAUCUUAGUAUUAAGAUGGCAAAGACAAUAUAAUGAUUAUCAAAACUCCGAUAAAGUCAAUUUAUUCUUGAUGGCAGGUGUUUAUCCAAUGUUUGGUUGGGGUUUACAUUUCUGUCCAUUUGUAAUUAUGGCUAGAGUUACGUAUGUUCAUCAUUAUUUGCCAGCUUUAUAUUUUGCGUUAAUUGUUUUAGUUUACUUUUUUGAAGCCGGAACUCAAUUAUUAACUAAAACUAAGACUGGUAGGAUGAUUAGAAUUGGUAUCUUUGCUACAUACAUCACUGCCGUAAUUGCUUGUUUCUGGUACUUCUCUCCAAUUACUUUCGGUAUGGAUGGUCCUAACAAGAAUUACUCAUACUUGGCAUGGUUGCCAGGUUGGGACAUCUCUGAAAAAUAA